AUGGCCGCGGCUGCAAUUAGAGGCAAGCCCCAUGCAUCUGGUGCAUUGCCAACUCACUAUCCGUUCAUAUUUGGUCCUCCAGACCACAUCGCUGCUGCAUCACUAAUGAAUGUCAUGUCCCAUGGAACAGCUUCUGUUCCUACACAACCACCCCAACCCCACAACUCCCUCCAAACGUCUCCACCAAUUCAAAGAGGCGAGGGUGAGCGGAAACAAAGCCGCUAUUGGACUGCAGAUGAGCACCAAAGGUUCCUUGCCGCUGUGAGUACAUGUGGUCCCAAGAAUUACAUUCAAAUUUCUGAGUUUGUUGGUACUAGGAAUCCAAAACAGGUCCGAACGCAUGCUCAAAAGUAUCAGCAGAAGUUGGAGCGGGAGGAAGCCAAGCGACGAAGUGAGACCCGGCUUGCGACGGGCGAGCGAGGUGGAAGCACUGUUGGAGUAGCAGCAGCUGCAGUUGUUGCAGCGGCGGCGGCUGCAGCGAUGAAUGGAAAUGUCCCUGGGGCAGUCGCAGCUGGAGUGCAGCAGGAUUCCAUGCGUGGGUACGGAGGUCCUACCAGUUCGUCCAGCGGCAAAAAUUUCUCACACUCGGAUAACCAAGAUCAGCUGCGGGGAGGUAUCAGUGUGGAUGGAACUUCGAGCACGAACGAUUUAUCUGGAUCUGGUUCGGGGUCAGGAGACUGCUUCAGCAAAAGAAAUACUGCGAACGAAUCAGAGAGCCCACCUGAUAAUGGCACAAGCAAUGCGGCGGUUGCGGCAGUGGCAGCAGAAGCUGCCGCACUUAGAGGGGGCAUUCUUGACGGUGGACCGUUCCAUGCAGAAAGUGCUAACGCAGAUCCGACGACGACGACUCCUUCCAAGGUUCUUUCAACAUCCACGAAAGCAGUCCACAUUCCAUCACAUAAGAAGGUGAAUGAGGAUGACAGUGGCCCUCAUGAAGCGGAGAUGGAAGUUCCUGACAAGGAUUUUUCCAAAGCUGCAGGCACUGUGAAGAUGGGAGCGACCGUAUCCCCCAAAAGCAAUCCCAAGCCUUCGACCAGAAACACGGGUGGUGAACAGACAAUGACCAAGCAGUCAGCUACGAAGCAGAAAUCAGGCAUCCACGGGCAACCCGCAAAUACUCUGCCAAGGCCUCAUACCAAAAUUAGCGGUGAACCAGGAUCUGUCACCAGUAUUCCGCUUCGUCGAGUUGACGGAUCCAAAGGUAAGGAUGAAGGUCCUCUGAAACGAAGUGAAACCAUAGUAACCGGGGACACUGUUGACGAUGAAAGACCGUCGACAGGCUUACUAGAAGAGCAUUCAGGUCAUAGUAACGACAAGAAAAGUCAAGAAGAGGCCAACAAGAAAGCAAUUGUCUCGGCCAAGAUCAACUGCAAAUUAGUUGCACCAGCGUCUGUCAGAACCAAAGAGACAGAAAGUGAGGGCUCCGAUGAACAGAAUAAUUCAAAAAGCACCAACACAGGAAAACUGGAUAUGUCCACCAAAGCAACAACUGGAUCAGUACAAGAACCAGACGGAAAACCCGGUGCGGGUCCUGAUAGAACCGAGUCCUCAAAAAUGGCGCCUUUUGCCCAGGUAGCAAAUCCCGUAGAUGAAAGUCGUGGAUCAGUGAAGUUUGAGCAGAUUUCAAUCUCUGAUGUCACUGCACAUGCCUUAUCAAAAACUAGAGCUGCUGAAGACCAUCUCAGGUCCCAGAAAGAUCCGAAGAAUGCCUCGAGGCGUGCCGACAGAGAAAGUUCUCAAGUUGUGACCAGAAGCCCGGACACGGCACAGAAUGUCAUGAAAUCUGAUAUUCAGCUUGCCAAUGAUUUGCAGCGGGACGACGGUGACGCUGGGAAAGGGACAGUAUCGUCUAAGACACGUGCAGGUGUUGAUGGUUGCGAAGGAGUUAUUUCAGUUAACACGGAAAAGCACAGAUCUUCUGUUUCAGACAAAAAAGGGGAUGCGCAGACGAGGAGGGGUGGCACGUCAGAAGCCGCGACAAGAGCAAACAGCGAUGAAGUUGCUGAGCCAAGGUGUAGUGAAGAUCAUGGAGAUUCCGACAUGAUACCAAAGACAGAGAAAAACAGAAUGCAAACUGAUUGUGAAAGUAACACGGCGGAAGUCGGGAAGGGCAUAGAAAUGGAUGGGGCACCGGGCGUAGAUGUUCAUGUAUUGAAACGCAAGUUGGCGGCAAAACCUAGUUUUGGGACUAGGAAAAAGCGAAGCGCAGAAGACAUGAAGGAGGUAGACAGGGAAGAGUUGGAAGGAGAAGAGUCUGGAGUUUUGAAACGAGCUCGCAUGGAGACGGAAGCUGGAAAGAUAGGGAAUGAUUGA